GCGGGGGCGCUGCCGGCGGAGCUGCGGCGGCGGCUCAGGUUGGUUCCGAGUGGGCGAGGGCGGCCCGGCGGAGGAAAAGCAGCUUAUCCCCCCGCCCCGCUUCCCUCCGCCACCACCGCCGGGUUGCCAUGGAGACGGGCGGGCGGCGGCGGCGGGGCUGUCAGUGAGGGAUCGCACCGGGCACCGGCGGCGGCGGAGGGGAGGCCGCGGCGGCGGCGGCAGCAGCGGCGGCGGCAGCGGCAGACAUGGACUCGCACUGCGACUGUGCCGAGCCUCCGGCCGCCGAGCAGCCGUCGGGGAGGAUUAACAAAACCGCCUUCAAACUGUUCAAGAGGAGGAAAUCCGGGGGCACCAUGCCGAGCAUCUUCGGGGUGAGGAGCAAAGGCGGGGAGGGGAAGGGCGCCGGCAAAGCGGGGAUGGUGCGGAGCCGGACCCACGACGGCUUGGCCGACGCCGUGCUGGAGAGCGGCAAGAAGGAGGAACCGGGCGGCGGCGGCGGCGGCGACCCGCAGAGCAAGGAGCCGCAGGGCCCGGCGGGCGGCGGGCUCGGCCUCUCCCCCGGCAGCGCGGUGGCCAAGUCGCACAGCUUCUUCUCCCUGCUGAGGAAGAACGGCAGGCCGGAGAACGGCAAGGCGGAGGGCGCGGAGCAGCGGGCCGGCGGCAGACAAAAGAAGGGGCUGAAAGGCAUCUUCAGCAGCAUGCGGUGGCACAAAAAGGACAAAAACGGCAAGGAGGAGAGGGGGGAAACCUCGGAGAUCCCGUCCGGUCUUAUUAUGCCGGGGUCUUUGACUGCCAGCCUGGAGUGCAUCAAAGAGGAGACGCCAAAACCUUUGUCUGAAACUCCGAGCGGCGCGGCAGACGUGGGGCUGGAAGCGCCGCGGGAGAAGCGAGGCGGCGAGGCCCACGCCUCGGCCGAGGAGCCCGAAGCGGGAGGUGGGGAGUCGCGGGACAGCGGUGUCCCCCCCGGGGAGGACCCUGCUGCGGCUGGAAGGCAACCUGAGGAGCUCAGCCGCGAGCAACCGGACCCGGGCGCCAGAGAGGUUGGGACUGCCAAGGAUGCGGCCAUAACAGGCUGUGGAGAUAUUAUUGCGGACCAUGAGGAGGAUGUGGGCGGCGGGAGUGGCGGCUGCGGGAAGAUCACCCCCGGGGCCAGCAAGCUGGGUGCCUCCAAGAAGCACCCCACCAUGGUGGCCUACCAGGGAGGAGGGGAGGAGAUGGCCAGCCCGGACCAGGUGGAUGACACCUGCCUGCAGGAGUUCUGGGAUAUGCUGUCGCAGACAGAGGAGACCCCGACAGCAGGAGGAGGAGGAGGUGGAGGAGGGACAAAGAAGCCCGAGGGGUUGAAGGAGAACCAGGGUACUGAGGGGGCCCAGAACAGGGUGGCAGUGAAACGUGGUGGCCUCCACCAGAUCCCCAUUCACCUCAACCACAAAGAGGAGCCGAAGGGCAGGGAGAAGGAGCAGCACGAAGGCGUCCCAAACAGCGAUGAGGGCUACUGGGAUUCUACCACCCCGGGUCCUGAGGAAGAUGGUUCCACAAGCAUCCAGAAGGAGACCAUUCCCAGGGACAGCUACAGUGGGGAUGCUCUCUACGACCUCUAUGCUGAGCCGGAUGAGACCCCGCCAGCGGCGCCUACGGAUGAAGCGGUCACUUGUGUGCCACGCUCCAAGCCUGUGUCUCCAAUAACAACCACGUGCUCACUGAAAACACCCUCAAGCACAUUGAAGGACUCCAAGAUACCCAUCAGCAUUAAACACCUUUCGUCACAUACUGCCAGCCACGCAGCAGACACCAGUAACAGCCAUCAUGUUGCACACCAUCACCUGGCCAAAAGUGAGAUGCAUAGAACAAAAAUCCCCGUCUCUAAAGUCCUGGUACGCCGGGUCAGUAACAGGGGCUUAGCAGGGACAACGGUGAAAGCUGCCACGUACCAGGACAGUGCCAAAAAGUAGUUGAAUAAGAGGUGGAGACAAAGAAGGACAGCAAGGUCAGUGUGUGAAAGUCUGCAUGGGAGACCACAAAUAAUGAAUUAGUUUUACAUCACCUGGAAAAGGCACCUGAAAGGCUGUACUCCAUGGGCCUGCACUUCUGAAUCCCUUCUUACUAGACUGUAUGGCUGAAUAUAAAAAGUCGACGUCUUUUCGAGCACCUUUUUUUACAUUUGUAUCGUUUUUCUGCAGCACUAAGCAUUGGGGAGGUUAAUUUUUACAUGCCUUUUUGGAAGCAGGACUUGGAUUAUGAACCUAAACGAGCACCCUUCCUCAUGCAAAGCAGUGCCAUCAGUUCUUCAAGGGAACAGAGUUAAAGGAGCGACAGGAGAGGUUCUCCAAUACGCUUAUCUUUUAAUCAUUUCUGGGGGAGGAGUGGAGGGUGGGCGCCUGGCUCCGAUAAUGGUGUUUCCUCUACAAGAUGUUGGAAAAAAUGCCAAGCAAAAAACAACCAACCUAACAGGUAUUUUACCUGCUGUAGGAAGGAGAGCACUGCUCAGCGGCAGACUUGAUUGACUUGCGUGCAGUAGCUAACUAAGGAGUUAGGUGGACUUGUCUAACAGGAAAACAUAUUUUUGUUUGUCUGUCUGUCUGGUUGGUUUUGAUCCGGUCUAAUGUAAGUGGGUAACAGAGACACCUGACCUAGGUUCAGAUGUUUACAUCAAUACUUGUCCGAUAAUGCAUACAAUCAGGUUCAGGGAAAUGUUUUACUAAAUGCCAAUAUAUACACACUGUUCACAUUUAUACAAUAACUUGCUCGCCAUGUGUAAAUAUAUACAUAUUUUAGCAGAUUUACUCAAUGCUACAGAUUUUUUAUAAAAAGAAAAAAAACACCCGUCUGUAUUAUCUAGAGUUUAAGCAAGAGUUAGUUUUUAUAGGUAGAUAAUUUUACAGUUCUAAAAUAAUGGAACUUUGUGUAAGUACCUUAAAUUAGAGCAACACUCUGUUUUGUAUAGGCUCACGCAUCCCCAGAUAAGUAAGUCUGAAGUGCUGAUUUUAUUCCAGUGGCACAUUCCAUGGGUCAGAGCUGAGGUUCUGACAGCACUGCCGCUGCAAACCUCUAUUUUCAGGGGUUUAGACAAAGUUGCUCUGGGCUUAAACCUUACAGAGAAGGAACCCAGGAAAGAAAGGUGUUUUUUAAUUAUUAUUUUUUAAAAUAUAUAAAAUUAGUUUUUGACUAUUUAAAGAAAGCUUGGGUUCUUGUUGCUUUUUAUUUUCAUUCUUAAUAAUGUGAGAAUAAUUUUACUUUAAGAGAGAAAAAGAAAUACAGUAAGCUAGUACAUAAAAUGGUCUGAUGAGCUUGGGUCUUAUGAGAAAUGUAUUAAUAGCCAGGACAUUUUUGAACAGUGGCUACUGUACAUGGGCAUUGACAACAUUUCAAAGAAAUUUAAUAUGGUUUUAAUGUGCCUGAGGACAUAUUUUUAUGAUACACUGAAAAAGCUCCAAAAAUCACUGAAGUCUAAAGGUAAAUGUUAUCUAUUUACAAAAUAUUUUGAUAUAAGUAUUUAAUCAUCAGACCACAGUUAAUAUAAAAUAUAUGCUCCAGUGUAUCUGAAAAAUAAUAUACAUUUUAAAAAUAUACAUGUCUAUAUUAUGUAGAGAAUCCUAAAUUCACGUCAUUGAAGGUAAUGGGUGUGAUCUUACAUAGCAGUUGGUUUUAUUGUCUCUUAAAUUGAAAGAAAGAAAGGAAAAUAAAUAUACAGAAUAUACAUUUGAAGGAUAUUAAGGUUAUAGAGAAACGAUAAAAAAGCCAGGAAAUAACUGUAAUAAGAAUUGUAUAUAUGUAUAUGUGUGGUUCACUGGGGAAAUGACCUUAUAGUCACAAGGGUAAAAUUGGCAUCUAGUUCUGAAAUUACAGCAGGAUUUAAUACCGAACUGCACUGCCCCAGUGAACAGGGAGAAAGCGUGAGCUUUCCCGACCAGUCCCUGUUUUCGUGGUUUGAGGAAGAAACCUUAAUACACUUCAAAGAAGAUUAUUUUAUAUGUUUUCUCUCUAACGCGUACGUGUGUGGUUCUCUACAUGCCUGCUCACGCAGAGGUGCUGUACAUAUGCAUGGUGUAGUCAGAACGCGCCUCCUCCUGGGGUCCCUGCCCCCGGGCGAUGGUGCGCACCCCCUGCACGCUCGCAGUGGUGCACUGGUGGCCACGCGUGCACGCUCCCACGCACGGGCCAAGGGGACGUGCUGCGGAGCCGCCGCCUGGCAUGCUGGCGGUGAUUUCCUUUGCCUCGGAAAGGGAUUUGCAUUUGGCCCGACUCUGCUUGUGCGUUUUAGAAAGUUCAAGCUGAAAUACCCAGGAAAGGAUGAAUGUACAGAGCAUGGAAUAUUAUCCUGGUCCUCAGCCCUAAACCCAACAUUCCUUUUUUCUGUUCUUCCGUUUUCUUUUGACUGUAAGGGACACAUCUUUCCUUGCAUGCCAACUCUGCAGAAAAUUCAUAAUUCCCCCUUUUGUUGUAAGGAGAAAUUGUGCAGAGAGAUUCUGUAGGGCACUGGAAGUUGAGAGGGAGGGAGGACGUGGUGAGCUCGGGAUAGUACCAUAAAAACUGGAAGCACUGAGUACAGGUAGUGGGAGUGGUGCAUCUCUAAAACCACUAGAAGAGAGCAGCUGCCAUCUCUUACAGGACUUGUGUGUGGCAAAUUAUUCAUCCUGUGCAUUUUGUUUGCAUCGUGGCACGUCUGUAUUGAGAAACUGAUCGAGUGACACUAGACUAGCUCCCUCUCACCUAACGACUAACACGAAUCAUCAUUAAAAUGCUUUGGCUUCCCAUCAUUUUUCUCUCUCUCCUUUGUUUUCCGCCCCGUUUUUCCUUCCAUCCCCUGCAUGCUGGCUGGGGGCUCCCUCCUCGCUGGGACCCCCUGGUGCGGAGCGGGGAGCCCCGGGCUAGUGGCCGGGCUCCUUCUGAGGCCAGGUGCUCCCUGGCUGCUCUCUCGAGCUUUCUGUGGCAUACCCAGUGUACGUACAAUUUGCAAAUCUCGUGGCGGUUCGUUUGGCUGCUUGCUAUGUACAUAUUUUAAGGACAAUCAUAUCCUUAAAAGGAAAAUGGGAAAGUAGCUUGUAGUAGGGCGUCAGUAUUUUGAAUCCCUGCGACAUACUGACGUUGAUUCAGGGUAACGGUUGUGUGAGAGUAAAAAUACAAUUUAAUGCUCAAAUUAACUUUGUAUUUAUAAAACUCACUUUUGUCUUUAAGCCAUCUAUGUUUUUUAUUUCGAAAGGUAAUAGAAAAUUUAAUAUUUGCUAGGGCUCUCAAUUUUUGUAGAAAUAUAUUUGUAUAACCACACAAUGCCUAGAACAAUCAUUGGAAGGAGGUUCAAAGGCUUUCUUUAGACCUAUAUUUAAUUCCGGAAAGAUCCCUGUAAAAUACUGUGAGAGGCCUAAGAACAAACAGUUAAUGGCUUGCUGGAUUUAAAGGCUGAGACAUAAAGAGGUAAUAGUCCUGAGGCGUUCUGUGGUGGUUUGCAUUCUUAUUUAUGUUACCCAUAUAUUUUCCUUGGCUUUGGUAGGUAUCGAGGUAGAAAUGGUGUUCUGAGUCCCAAAGAUAACAUUCCCAAUGCUGUCGUCAUUUUGAUUUUCUUCAAGAAUACUUUUCUUUAUUUGUUUUAUUUGUUAUUUUGUGGUCUGAAUGAUGCUUUGUAAUUAUCAGCUUAUAUGUCAUUCAUAAAGGAUUUUAUAGGUCAGGACUUGGCAUUUAGUUAUAUAUGUACUUUUUGCACUUUCAGGUCACUACUGGUAAAUUUCGUAUGUUCUUAGGAUAUUUCUAUAUAUUGCGUAGUGUUUUAUAGCUAUCGACAGUGAUUUCAGUGGUAUACAUUCCUGUCCUAUAUAUCGGCACAAAAGAUUUCCUUUCGGUAGCAUGAAAUGAUGUUUUUGUGGACUUCUUUUGUCAUGAUAGCAGUUGCGUUUCCUGUACUAUAUGUGUGGCCUGCAACAGAUAUAAAGGGUCUUAUUUUCCCUGCAGUGCGUAUGCAUUUUGCUCUUGCCAGUGAUAGGACUCAAGCACACGUAGUAGAUUUCAGAAGAAAUUCCAUGACUAGAAUAAGAAAAAAUCUGUGUUCAGUCUUAUUCCAUCAAUCGCCAGCAUUUUCUUCAUCCACUGUGAGUAUCCUCACUGCCAUUCAGGGCAGUAGAGGACUGAAUUUUAAAAGUUACAUGCCUAGAUGUACACUACAAAAAUUAAUUCGCUGAUUAUUUUUUAAUGAAUCUUACUAAAUUAUUUAUCUAAGCUAAGCGAGUAUUGCACCAAAGUCUUCAAAACGUCUGAUACAGAUGGCAUUUUCGGUAAGAUGCUAUAAGUGCAGAUGAGCCAAAUUAACAGGCUUUGCUUAGCAAAGCAAAACCUUGUUGUUUCUUAAAUUUGUAGUACUGAGUGAGCUUGCAGAUCAGAGGGAGCCAUUGAUUCUGCUACAUGGCCGUGCUCGGUGGUUAUUUUUCCCCCCCUGUUCUAAUGGACUACUCUCAGAAAAGGCUUUUCAGCAAGAUAAUGGUAUGAAAGAGACAGUUCAGAGUAACAAUAGCCACUUACAAGGCAGAUGGUUAUCUAACAGCCACAAUGGGGGACUCUGAGCAAGGUGGCCUGAAAAUGUAUUUUCAUGGUUAUUGAUAUGAAAGGCUGAGGCUCCGGCCUUGGAAAAACAAAUUGACACAGACUCAAAGACGCUGCAGAAAUGAGUCUUGGCAGAGUUUACGGGUGACAGCUUCCGCAGGUUUUUAAUUUUAUUUUUUUUUACGUUAUUUUGGCUUUUCCUUUUUUGUUGUUGUUUUUGCUUUGUUUAUGUUUUCAUUGUGAUGACAUAACCCCACAUGUCCAGGCAGAAUUGCACAACUGGCUCUUCUGAGAUUCAAUGCUGAGAAUAAACUGUCAGUUGUCUUCAGUGGCCUGGGACUGGUCCCCGCUGAACUUCCCUCCCUUCCAUUGAGGAGUGAGAGGGAUGGGAUGAUGGGAUUCCCUUGUCGUUCGUCCAUGUGCUGUUUACUGUCAGCGGGACGUAUCUGAAUCUCUCUUGCUGUUUGUGUCCAGGGGACAGGUUUUUUUUAAUCUGACUCACGGGAAUUUUUUAGCUCGUCAUUAGCUCACAUGUUGUCUUCCCCAUGAGCAUUUCGGCUAGGAACGGUCAGCAUUGAUUUGGUGUUUCCUACGUCCAUUUCAUGUACAGAGAAAUGGAAGAAGUUGCCAUAUGCGAAGGAAUAAGAGCUAUAACCACUCAAGCCACAUCCUGGGGGCCUUUAUUCCUGCAAAAGCAGGUUACUAAAGCUCUUCCUGCCUUAGAGAGCUUUUCCAUCCAAAACAGUGAGUGCUAUUGCCUGGGACCACAUUUUUGUUUUCUCUCAGUCUCUCGUUCCCUCUCAGCCAUACUGCAGUAGCUUGGGAAACAGAUCUUUGACCUAGCCCUCCAGCACUGGAAAAGAGGAGCUGCUGCCAGUGUCUUCUUAAGGGGGCUUUGCUCCUACUUGGUCUGGAAAAAAUGAAUUCACCUUCAGAACAAGAUGCAAAGAUAUUUAAAACUGAGAUCUGUGCUGUGUGAUCUCAUACACGUGGGUGAAGAUAUGGAGUGAUAUUUUCUUGAGUGAUAUUUUGCAUAGAGGAGAAUAUAUCUCUCCGCUUUCCUGUUGUGGCCCGUCUAUCAAAUCUAGCAGGGAAGCAUGACACUCCUCUGGGAAAGCCCAGAACCUGUUUGUUAUGGAGACUGUACCCAAAUUUUCUUUAUCUUUGGUAAGAACGGCUUUUCUUUUUCCUAUCUGUAUAUAUUUAAAUAAAUAGAACCAAAGUCGCAGUGGAGAGAGGAAAAGGUUAUGUACUUCGCAGGGCAAGGAGUUUAAACUGCUAGGCUGAAAGGUUUCUUGUAGCAGUGGCUAAAAGAAGAUUGCUUUGCCUACUGUAACAUCACAUCCAAGCAAUGCUCUGAAAUAGAAGCUAAUCCAGCUGUGGCCACAAAGCUAGAAAACGCCAAGAAAAUGUGACAAUCUCUUUCCAAGGCCCUGGUUUGUUCCGUGGCAAAGCUUCCGCUGAUUCCAGUAAAAACUGGAGAAGGUCCUUAAUCUCUUAAUCUUGAAGGAAAUAGGAAGUGGUUCUUAAAUAAGUCUUCCCUUUUUUUAAAGAUGAACAUUAUUCAGGUGUUUGUGCAGUCUUUUAUAUUAUCGUAGUAGUAUUUUCACUGAUCUGAAUGCAAAACUUGUCUUUCCAUUGUUUUUCCAUCUUAACAAGCAGCCACUCCCGCACAUAACUCCAGCGCUCAGCAUGUUUAAAUUACAGCUAACACAAUCACUGCCUUCCUUAAUUUAACUUGUGAUGGCAAAACCAGGACCAGAUCCUUUCCAAAGUGCUAAAUCCCCUGCUUACCGUGUCAUUGUUCUUGUUUAUUGAUAUGGUAACUAAUGAUGCCUCCCUUUAAUUGUUUCACAGCUACAUCUUAAAUCUGUUUUUAGGGAGAACAGUGUGUAGGGACUGAACAGUAAGAACUUUAACAGAUUUUUUAUUAUUUUGGAUGAUGUUGCAUCAAAACAGUUGCUAUUUCAGUAUCAGGUUGUUUCCAUGGGCUUUUUAUGCAGAUGCCUUGGAAGCUUUGAACAUAAUGUGCUCGUAAAAGAAAAUUGGCUACAUCUGCUUUGAAUUAAGCCUGACCUUAAAAUGUAAAAGCUACACAUCUGGUGAUGUUUCUUGGUUAAUGGCAGCAAAGGGGAAAGUCUGCCCUAACUCACCUGCACCCCAUGGACUGGGGGUACAAGGCACUGUCAGUGGGAGAAUCUGCUGUCUGACCCUGCCGUGUGGUCCCAGCACAGGGUUCUGGGGUGUCACCAUGUGGAGGUGGCUGCCAGGUUAGACAGCCGCAGGAAAAGCCAGGGUGGUGGGGCUGGGCUGGGCUGGGCUGGGAGGGUUGAUAGGGUGGUUGGGAGAUGGGAUGAAAACAAAGGCUGGACCUCUGGUCCUUGUGGAAAAAGAGUGUUAAACUUAUGUCUAUAAAAUCCAGCUCCUUUUUUUCUUGCAUUGAUGCUCCAAAGGCUGUGUUACACUGAGUUAGGAGCCAAACUGUGUGAGUCUGGGUGUGCUGAAGCCAGUGCUCCUGGUGGUGGACUACAUUGUGACUGCUCUCAUCAACACUUGCCCAGGAAAAUUGUGGAUGCCCCAUCCCUGGAAGUGUUCAAGGCCAGGCUGGAUGGGGCUUUGAGCAGCCUGGUCUAGUGGGAGGUGUCCCUGACCAUGGCAGGGGGUUGGAACUCGAUGAUCUUUAAGGUCCCUUCCAACCAAAACCAUUCUAUGGUAACACUUGAGGAGUGCUCAGUGCCUUCCGUUUCUGAAGGCAGUUUUUAGCACAGAGACUUCCGCAAAUCCUCUGUAGCCCAGCACUGACCCGUGGCAUCUCACUGCUCUUCCAUCCUCAUUUUGCCAGGGGGAUGCAAAGACCCAAGCCCUUGGCAGGGUGGUGAGCACUGGCUGCACCCUUGCACCCCAAGGGCAAGCGGGGAGGGAAUGUAAGACACACCAAGUCCUAGGUAGAGUGCAAGUAACUUUCUUUCUGCAGCACGUGGCUUGAUACAAGCAAUAUUAUCCUGCUUUUCAAAAGAGGGAGCAAGGCUAAAGCUGUCACCUUUGUGUAAAAUUGAAGUAAAUCCUCUGCCAUGGGACAGACUGCAACAGCUGGACAAUCUCUCAGUCCACCAGUAUUCCCUCUGAAAUCAGUGGAUCUGUUAGUGGUGUCGGUUGUUAUUGAGUGAAGAUCCCAUAAUUUGGCCCCAUCUGAGUUUUCCUUGCUGCGUUUGUCAGCAGAGUGUCUCCGAAAAGCUCUGGUGUUGAGGCUUGUGGCCCUGUUGAAAUGGGGGUUGAGGUAUGAAUGUGGAUGGUGGAAAAUGCACAUUCAAUAAGUCCAGAAAACACAGCAUGGCUUCAGUCUUUUAUCACAGCCCAGUUCUGCUUAAAUAUCAUGGUGUGCCUGAGGAAAAUGUAUCAGGGACUGCUCCACGCUGCAUCUGACAAACUGAUGCUCUCGGGGCUUCCGAUGUGCUGAAGGGACAGAUGUGUCCUGUUAGAAGUCACUUAACCUGUUCCUGUAAGACGUGUUAUAGCUGACAGAUCACUGUUAAUUACAAUUUUCCCUCGUAUUUUUUGUGUCAGCCACCUCCAGUAAGGUAGCAUAUGACCUAUUGAAGAUAACGAGCGGGUAAACCAAAACUCCUCGCUCGUCUUAUCUAAACCGUUUGCUAAUAAUCUGACGAGUCUGUGUGCACCGACUUUUUCUUAGUGAAAGCUCACAACACUCUGGGGGGUGUUUUUAUAACAGACUGUUAGACACACUCUGCCCCUUUCCACCUCUACAAACUUCGAUGAGUAUGUGUCUCCUCAAAUCACUGUAUUCUUAACGUAUUUACAACCUAACUGAUAGCAAUAGAUGUCUUUCUUCCCUGGCAGUUCACAAGGAUAUACUAAUCAGUGUUUAUUAUAUUUUUAAUUCUGUAAAUAUUUAUUUUGGUACUCUGUGUAUUUAUUGGCACUGAUUCUGGUGUUUGCUUCUGUGUCAUUGUAAAUGUUGAUGGUUUCAAUAGUCUUGCUUCUAAUGAAUGUAAGGAACUCAGACUAACUGCACUUUUCUUCCAUUCAAAAAUCUUACAGUGAAAAAUAUUCCCACUGUCAUAUUAUGUGUUAUAAUGAAUACAGUUAAUAAAAUCAGUUGUCACUUUUCAUUGA